CUAGGAGACAACAAAAGUGAGGUUAUUUCUGUGAUGUGUCAGAAUUUGUCCGUGUAAAUAACGCAUUUUUAGGCAUUUCUGUAGUUAUAUGCCUACUUAGUUAACGUAAUUGGUUAAUACAAUAUUGAACAAUGUCUGUCGUAAUAGAAACUACACUCGGUGACAUCACCGUAGACUUGUUCUUAGAACAGCGUCCUGUAACUUGUCUCAAUUUCUUGAAGCUUUGCAAGAUGAAAUACUACAAUUUUAACCUAUUCCACACCAUAAGGAGUGGUUUCAUAGCUCAAACUGGAGAUCCUUCAGGAGAAGGCGAUGGUGGCCAAUCUAUUUUUGGCCUCUUGGAAGGCCCAGCAAAAAGAUUCUUCUCUGGCGAAAAAAUGCCAAAGAUACGCCACACUAACACCGGUUUGCUAUCAAUGGUCGGAACAGAUGACUUGAUGAUUGGUUCGCAGUUCUUCUUUACUCUUGGUACUGAUUUAGAUUCACUUGAUGGCACUCACUGUGUGAUUGGAGAGGUCACCGAAGGACAUGAUAUACUAAGGAAACUCAACGAUGUUAUUUGCGAUGAAAGUCACCGUCCAUACCAAGAUGUGCGCAUAACUCAUACAGUGGUACUAGAAGAUCCUUUCAGUGAUCCCAAAGGAUUUAGAGCUCCAUCCCGAUCACCUUCUCCAAGUGCUGAACGGUUGCGAGGCGGUCGCAUCGCACCUGAUGAGGAACUUGAUGAAACUCAAGGCAAGAGUGCUGCAGAAAUACAAGAAAUGAUUGAGGAGAAGGAAGCUAAAGCUCGAGCUACUAUCUUGGAGAUUGUUGGAGAUAUACCCGAUGCAGAUAUUGCUCCACCUGAAAACGUUCUUUUCGUAUGCAAACUGAAUCCUGUUACCACUGAUGAGGAUCUGGAAAUUAUUUUCAGUAGGUUUGGAAAGAUUGUCAGUUGUGAGGUAAUAAGAGACAAAAAAACUGGUGAUUCCCUGCAGUACGCCUUCAUUGAAUUUGAUAAUAAGAAGUCUUGUGAGGAUGCUUAUUUCAAAAUGGAUAAUGUAUUGAUAGAUGACAGAAGGAUCCAUGUUGACUUCUCACAGUCUGUUUCAAAAAUAAAAUGGUUAGGCAAAGGUAGAGGUGUAAAACAUAUAAAUGAUGAUGACAUUCCAAGCAAAGAUAACCAUUUUGAAAAAAAUAAGUCAAAUCGUUCAAUAAGUAAAGACAGGGGCAGACAUGAUGAUAGAGACAAACAUCAGAGAGAUAGAGAAAUCAGGAGACAAAUUAGGCACAGAGAAGAGGAAGAAAUUAGGCAAAGAGAAGAAAAAGGAGUAAACCGCAGAGGUGAAGAAACAAUUAGGCGUAAAGAAGAAAGAGAAAUUAGGCACAGAGAAAAAAGUAGUCUCAGAGAAGAAGAAGAAAUAAGGCGCAGGCGAGAAAGAGAAAUUAGGCAUAGAGAAGAACAAGAAAAUAAGCAAAGAGAAGAAAAAGGCGUAAACCGCAAAGAUGAAGAAACAAUUAGACGCAAAGAAGAAAGAGAAAACAGGCACAGAGAAAUAAGUAGUCUCAGAGAAGAAGAAGAAAUUAGGCGCAGGGAGGCAAGAGAAAUUAGGCACAAAGAAGAAAAAAAUAGCAGCCUCAGAGAAAAAGAAGAUUUUAGGAGAAGAGAAGAAAGAGAAAUUAGGCGCAGAGAAAGGAGUAGCAGUAGAACUAAAAAGGAAAGGUCCAGGGAGAGACCAGUUCAGAAAGAAUCAAAUUACAACAACCAUCGUGAAUCUGAUUCUAAAAGUUUUGAAAGAAGGAGAGAUGAUCAUAGGAAAAACAGUUCUUAUAAUGAGGAGAAGAGGGAAAACCAAGAUACUCACAUUAAUUCUCAUAAAUCAAGGCCUACAUCAUCUCCUGAAAAUGAAAGAGAAAGAAUAAAUAAAUCUCCAAAACAAAGAGAUAGAUCUGAUAGAUCCAUACAAAAUGACAAUUCUGGUAAGAAUGAUAGUGAACAAGAAAGAAAUGUGAGAUCUCAAGACAGAAAAUCGAGAUCCCAAUUAUCUAACUCAAGAAUGUCAGAUCACAAGAGCAGUAAUAAAGAGAAAGUAGAAAAACAUGAAUCAAACUCCAGAAAGACUGAAAGAGAGGAAGUUCAAAACAGCAGAAAUAAUAAAUUAAAACAUGAAAAACGAGUAGAGCCCCGUACUCCAUCACCCACUGACGGAAAAAAGGACAAGAACGCUUCAAAGAGCAAUCAAGUAAAGAAAAUUAAAAAGAACAGUCAAGAAAAGAAAGACAAAAAAGAUCUGAAAAAAAAGAAUUUUGAGAAAAAGAAGCGUAAACACUCAACUUCCUCUUCUGAUAGUGACUCCUCUGAUUCCAGCUCAUCAACUAGUUCUAGUUCAUCAAGUGACUCUGAUAGGAAAAGGAAACGGGCUAGAAGGAGAAAGAGGAAGUAUUCUUCUUCUUCUAGCAGUACGUCCAGUGACAGUUCAUCUUCCACUUCCACAUCAGACUCAAGCAGUGACUCAUCUAGUUCAGAUAGUCAUUCCAAUAGGAAAAGAAAAGUAAAGAACAAUUCUAAGAAAAAUCUAGCAAAGAAGAUAAAAAAAAAAUGAUAUAUCAUCAUUAACAACAGUGCACUUAUAAACUUAUUAUAAAUAUGGUUAGCUUAAUUUAUUUUAAGGUUUUUUAGUGUGUUUUAUUGCAUGUUCUGGUACAAAUCUGUGUAUGCUACAAUUUAAGUAGUCAUAUGCACUUCUUUAUGUUCAAGAUAUUUUAAACUACAUGAUUCUGUAAAUAGAAUGAUUUGGAAGUAAUACAUCCAAAAUUAUCAGUGUUUAUUAUCAUGUUUUACUAAAUUAAAUACUACAAAAAAAUUGACCCGAUAUAAUUUCUAAAAAUAGUGAAACUGAAGACAUCCACUUUCCAAUUAAUUGUUGAUACAAUACAAUUUAUAUUUUAUUAAUGGCAGCACUGACCUUUGCAUAAAAUGACGGACAUUAAAGGCUACAUUUCCCAAAAAUAAUAUAGAUUACUAUUCAAAUUUCACAUGAUAAUUACCUAUUUUCUCAUUACUUGGGUACUGAGAAAAUAUAAUGAAUAACGAUUUAUUCAUAUACAAUUUAAUAGCAUAAGCAUAUAUAUAAUUGUUACUUGGAGUUUAGAUCCAGUUAUGUAUAGAACUAUGUUUUUUUUUUGAAUAAUAAUGGGUGGUUAAAUGAGAUGUAUUAUGCCUAGGUGUAAUAAAAAGGGUCAUCAUUUCUGCCCAAAAACAAAAAUAAGUGAUGCAUUAUGCCGGUUAUUCGUGAAAUUGUUAAAACGGAGGAGUUUUAUUACAACGCCAUCUACAUUUUUUGUAGAACAUAGCCUGAAAAGUCCCUUAUUACAUACCCAAAAUGAAUCCUACUUUGUUGUAAUUAUUGUAAUGCCUUAUUGUAAUGUUAUGGGCGAUAAGCUGAUCCCUUAUCACCAUAAGGUUCAUCAUAUCCAGCUUACGACAUCGUAUCAACAGUGGCUGCAAGUUGUCUUUGAUUACUUGUGGCUCUGCCCACCCCAUUAGGGAUUACGGGCGUGAGUUUAUGUAUGUAUGUAUUGUAAUGCCUUACUUAUUUAUUUAAGUAAUUAUAAAAUUGGUUAAUAACCAUGCUCAGUACAAAAUUGUAAAACUUAGCAAUAAUUUUAUAGUAGGUAUUACAUAAUGUAAUUUCACAAUAUGAAGUCACAGUUUUUAUAAUAUUUCUUAUUAUAGCUAGUAGUACAGUUAAGUCUUAUGUUUUAUUUCCAUUAAAAAGUACUUUAAUAGUUA